CACAGGGAGAAAGAAACAGAUUGAGAACGGGAAGAGGAAUGAAAAUACAUCAAACAUAAAUAAAGCGAAAUCAAAGCAAUAGGAUAGAUUGAGAGAAAGGAGAAAGAAGAAGAGAGAAACUGUGUAAAAAGGGAGAGGGACAGGGAGAGAGAAAGAAGAUACAAAUAAAGUAGGGGGAGUUUGCAGUUGACUUUAGAGAGAGGGAAAGGGUGAAAGGGAGAGAGAGAGAGAGAGCGAGAGAGAGACCAGCCGCCGGCCCAUUUAGGAAAGAUGGCUACAGUCACUGCAAACGGAGUGCAGCAAGAGAAUGGAUUCAGCACCACGAACAGCGCCGGCAGGAUGAACGGACUCAUGAUCGGUCAGAACACCAUUCCAAUGAAGGACCACGACGCCAUCAAGCUGUUUAUCGGACAGAUUCCCAGAAACCUGGAGGAGAAAGAUCUGAAGCCCCUUUUUGAGGAAUUCGGAAAGAUAUACGAACUCACUGUGCUGAAAGACAGGUUUACUGGAAUGCAUAAAGGAUGUGCCUUUUUAACAUACUGCGCCAGAGAGUCAGCACUGAAGGCCCAGAGCGCCCUCCAUGAACAGAAGACUCUGCCAGGGAUGAACCGGCCCAUCCAGGUGAAGCCAGCCGACAGCGAAGGACGAGGAGAAGACAGGAAGCUGUUUGUGGGGAUGCUUGGGAAGCAGCAGAGCGAGGAGGACGUCCGGCGGCUCUUUGAGACCUUCGGCCAGAUCGAGGAGUGCACCGUCCUGAGAGGGCCUGAUGGGGCCAGUAAGGGCUGUGCCUUUGUCAAGUUCUCCAGCCACGCAGAAGCACAGGCGGCCAUCAACAGCCUGCACGGCGGACAGACCAUGCCAGGGGCGUCCUCCAGCCUGGUGGUGAAGUUUGCCGACACGGACAAGGAGCGGACCCUGCGUAGGAUGCAUCAGAUGGCGGGCCAGCUCGGCAUCUUCAGCCCCAUGACCAUCCAGUUUGGGGCCUAUGGCGCCUACUCUCACGCUCAGAUGAUGCAACAGCAAGCAGCGCUAAUGGCGGCGACCCAGAACUCGUAUCUGAACCCCAUGGCAGCCAUCGCUGCGGCACAAAUGCAGCAAAUGGCAGCUUUCAACGUCAACGGUCUGGUGGCUGCCCCAAUGACACCCUCCUCAGGCACCAGCACGCCACCGGGUAUCAAUGCCACGGCCUUGCCCAGCCUAGCAGCGCCCAUGGGGGUCAACGGGUUCGCAUCCCUCCCGCCCCAGACCAAUGGUCAGCAUAACAACGAGCCAAUCUACACAAAUGGGAUCCACCCCUACCCAGGUGAGACAGCCAAUGGGAUUCACCUCUACUCAGCACAGAGCCCUACAGUGACUGACCCUCUCCAGCAGGCUUACGCCGGUGUGCAGCACUACGCAGCAGCCUACCCUGCCGCAUACGCACCAAUCAGUCAAGCGUUCCCCCAGCAACCCACCAUCAUCCCCCAGCAACAGAGAGAAGGGCCGGAAGGCUGCAACCUGUUUAUUUACCAUCUGCCCCAGGAGUUUGGAGACGCAGAAUUAAUGCAAAUGUUCCUGCCUUUCGGCAACGUCAUCUCCGCCAAAGUCUUCGUGGACCGGGCGACCAAUCAAAGCAAGUGUUUUGGCUUUGUGAGCUUCGAUAACCCGUCCAGUGCCCAGGCGGCUAUCCAGGCCAUGAAUGGUUUUCAGAUAGGCAUGAAGCGGCUGAAGGUGCAGCUGAAGCGGCCAAAGGAUGCCAACCGACCUUACUGACCCCUCUGCCGUCCACAUCCAGAUAUGAAAUACGUUACCAGCAUCUCAUCUCCCACAGUUAAGUAGCUGAUCUAUUAUAAAAUGGUAACAAGCUCGUUUCUCAGGAGAAAAUAACAGAACAAAGACUUGUGCGGCAUAUGUUCGCUCCACAAAGUCAAGUAUUUUUCAUGUGGGCUCUGUGAGAGUGAUUAGCUGUGAUUUGGCUGUCUUUUUGUACCAGGAUUCAGGGCCAGUACACAUUAAGUAUGAUUGCAUCCUAACUUCAGCUUAUUUAACCAGAGCCAAAAAGCACAUAAAUCCACAAAAAGUAUCUAUUUCAUAUCUACUGCUAUGGCAAUAAAGACAUUAUAGCUCUGGGUGUAUUUUCCAAUAGUUUUGAGCAUUCGUUUUAAAUUUGUUCACUACACACACAAAAAAAUGUCACAUGAAAAGAUGAUCAUGCACUUUCCCUCCCCCUGGAGUUUUGUAAUAAUCCCUUUUAACAUGAUAAUAUUGUCAUUAAUGGGCUACUAUUUGACCUUCAGUGCAUUCCUUCAUCUUUAGCGUCCCCUUUCCCUCGGUUGUCAUUUGGGCUUUUUAAAAAUUAUUAUCACAAAUGAACAGAAAUGAUUAUUAACAGAGGAAUUAACAUAGAUGACAGGCUAACAUUUAGUCAAAUCUUUUUUCUGAGGCGAGAGUAAAGUUGCUUUAAAUACCUACCGCCUUUGGAUUAGUGCUGUCACAGCAUACAUCUGUUCCAUAUGGUAAAACACAACCCCUCCACCUCCAGCUUACUUCUUUCUAGAUUUGAUUGACAUCCUCCUUCUUUUCCUUUGUCUGUUUUCCAUUCUGUUAGCUGUGCCUGUCAGUGUGCUAAACCAGGCAGGAGCCAGCACCCUGAACAAGACCCCUGUGCCCUCGCCUCACUGAAUCUGCUCUCUCUCUCU